AUGCCCCGUCGGGAUAUUUUUGGGCCGGAGCAUUUAUGCCUCCAUCACCACCCCAAUGGCCAUGGCCAUGGCCAUGGCGAUCAUCAUCAUCAUCAUCUCCACCUCCACCUCACCCACGCCACCGGCGCAAUCCCCUUUCUCAACCCAACUCAUGCCGCGUACCGAACCACCACCUCUUCCUCAUCUUCAUCCUUGUCCUCAACCAGCGCAACCCACCCCCAAAUCUACCGCCUCUGGCGCUCCCGCGACACGCGCAAAGGUCGCCACGCCCUCCGCAUCACCGCCAGUAGCGCACCACCCAUCAGCCCCCGAGACCAAGAGCAAGAGCAAGAACAAGCCGAACCAAAGCCGCCGCGCCUAAUAACAACAGCGCAUCCCCAAGCCAUCCUCCGCACCCUCAAAAGCAUGCUCACCACCUUCCCCUACUGGGACCUCUCGUACCUCGUCGCCGUCACCUUCACCCUCGGCUCCGCCAUCUGGAUCGUCAACGCGUUCUUCGUGUGGCUGCCGCUGCAGCUGCCCGGUACAGUGUUCCCGGGGGAGGAGGCCGCGGGCGGCGGGUGGACGGCGUUCGUGGGGGCGGCGGUGUUCGAGGUGGGGAGUUGGGGGUUGGUGGUGGAGGCUUUGGUUUCGGGUCGUCCUGGGGAUCACGGGGAUCACGGGGAUCAUGGGGAGGACCAGGACCAUGACCAUGGGGAUUUGGGAAUGGGGAUGGGGUGGUGUUGGGGGUGGGAUGUUUCCUCUUUGGACCCUGCGGAUCCUUCGGAUUCUUCGGGGCUGGGGGUGUCUUUAGGGUUCGAGGAGAAGGGGAUGGGCAAGGAGCAGAGUGACGGGGGUACCGGGACUACUGGGGGUACUGCUCAGCAAGGACAGCCCCCACGAGGAUCAGAUACGAAUGCGAACGCGAACGCGAACAAGAUCCCCGGGACGGGUACGGGUACGGGCACAGGCACAGGCACAGGCACAGGCAGUCUGAUCCUCCGCCCCAGUACGGAAACCUGUAUAUGUCAUCAUUCGAAUCGGAAGUCACUGUUGUCAUCGUCGUCGUCGUUGGGUGGGAAAAAUGCCGCUACUGCCGCCACUGCCCUGACUGGUUUCUCUGCGGGAGCUGCUGCUGCUGCCGCUGCUGCAGAUACAUCCGCCUCCCGCCCCCAACGCACUUCCAAAAAGGUCAAUCACUACCUCCACGACCUCGGCUUCCUGGCCUCCCUCGCCCAGCUCGUCGGCGCCACCAUCUUCUGGAUCGCGGGCUUCACCGGCCUCCCCGGCAUCAUCGGGCAUAUGAGCCUCCCCCUGACGGACGGGGUGUACUGGGUACCCCAGGUCGUGGGCGGGGUGUGCUUCGUCGUCAGCGGCGGGCUGUUCACGCUCGAGACGCAGGAGCGGUGGGAUCGGCCCGCGUGGCGGGUGCUGGGGUGGCAUAUCGGGGUCUGGAAUCUGGUGGGCGGGGUCGGGUUCACCCUGUGCGGCGUGUUCGGGCUGGUGGGGAUGCAGUAUCAGGCGUGUCUGGCGACCUUCUGGGGGUCGUGGGCAUUUCUCUGGGCGUCAGGGUUGCAGUGGUAUGAGAGUUUGGAGAAGUGGCCGGUGGAAAUGGAGAAACACCACCACCAUCAUAACCAUCACGUGUGA